UGGUUCCAUGGACUGUUGAGCAGACAGGAGGCAGAACUGUUGCUGAGAGAUAGCGUGGAAGGCAGCUACCUUGUGAGGAUCAGUGAGAGCAAUAAUAAGGAUUAUUCACUCUCAUUAAGUGACAGUGGCUACUUGCACAUCAAGAUCAUCAUCAGCUGCGAUGACAUGUUCAUACUGGGACAGUUCAGCCAGCCGUUCGUCAGCGUUGCAUCUAUAAUUGAAUUCUUCGCAAGCAACAAACUGCCCAUCAAGGGCACUCGCCACAUCCUCCUCUCCCAUCCAAUC